GCCAGUCUGUCUACAGCCUCCAGCCCUGCAAACCUGCCUGGCGCUGCUUGGUGUUGGCAGGCUCACUGUUCUCCAAGGCAGCCUCUCCCACUGCUGGCUGGCCCAGAGCUUGAAAAAAUCCUCCUUUGUGUUGCAUCCAAUCUCUGCUUCCUUGUCCCUGUCCUUUGGUCUUCUCUUGAGGCCACAUGGAUCACAAAGGCUUCCUCUGCGGUGGGACAGCUCUGCAGUGCCUGUUCCCUUGGACCACCUCGAACCUCUGAGAUUGCCAGUUCUUCUUCCUCCGUCUCCCAGUGCCACCGCUAUGAUGGAUGUGAGUGAACUUGGGGAGUCUGCCCGUUACCUCCGCCAGGAGACCAUGAAAGUGCAUACCGUCCCGUGGGAUGGGAAGAAACGAGUCUGGGUGCCUGAUGAGCAGGACGCCUACGUGGAGGCGGAGGUCAAGUCGGAGGCAACUGGAGGCAGAGUCACCGUGGAGACCAGAGACCAGAAGGUGCUGACAAUUCGCGAAACCGAAGUGCAGCCCAUGAACCCACCCCGCUUCGACUUGCUCGAGGACAUGGCCAUGAUGACCCACCUCAAUGAGGCGGCCGUGCUGCACAACCUGCGUCAGCGUUAUGCGCGCUGGAUGAUCUACACUUACUCAGGCCUCUUCUGUGUCACCAUCAACCCCUACAAGUGGCUGCCGGUCUACACGGCCUCUGUGGUGGCCGCUUACAAGGGGAAGCGCCGCUCGGAGUCCCCGCCCCAUAUAUAUGCGGUGGCGGAUAACGCCUACAACGACAUGCUGCGCAACCGAGAGAACCAGUCCAUGCUGAUCACCGGAGAGUCGGGGGCCGGUAAGACGGUUAACACCAAGCGGGUCAUUCAGUACUUUGCCAUCGUCGCUGCCCUGGGAGAUGGGCCGGGCAAGAAGGCCCAAUUUCUGGCAACAAAGACUGGGGGCACCCUGGAGGACCAGAUCAUCGAGGCCAACCCUGCCAUGGAGGCUUUCGGCAACGCCAAGACCUUGAGGAACGACAACUCCUCCCGCUUUGGCAAGUUCAUCCGCAUUCACUUUGGUCCGUCUGGGAAGCUGGCAUCAGCAGACAUUGACAGCUAUCUCCUGGAGAAGUCGCGGGUCAUCUUCCAGCUACCCGGCGAGCGUGGCUACCACGUCUACUACCAGAUCCUCUCGGGGAAGAAGCCGGAGCUGCAGGACGUGCUGCUCCUGUCGAUGAACCCCUAUGACUACCACUUCUGCAGCCAGGGCGUCAUUACCGUGGAUAACAUGGACGACGGGGAGGAGCUCAUCGCCACCGACCAUGCCAUGGACAUCCUGGGCUUCAGCGUGGAUGAGAAAUGCGCCUGCUAUAAGAUUGUGGGCGCCCUCCUGCACUUCGGCAACAUGAAGUUCAAGCAGAAGCAGCGGGAAGAGCAAGCUGAGGCUGAUGGCACUGAGAGUGCUGACAAGGCUGCCUACUUGAUGGGGGUCAGCAGUGGGGACCUCCUCAAAGGCCUUCUGCACCCAAGGGUGCGUGUGGGGAAUGAGUACGUGACCAAGGGCCAGAGUGUGGAGCAGGUGGUGUUUGCUGUGGGGGCUCUGGCCAAAGCUACCUACGACCGGCUCUUCCGGUGGCUGGUGUCUCGGAUCAACCAGACGCUGGACACAAAGCUGCCCCGGCAGUUCUUCAUUGGGGUCCUGGACAUUGCUGGUUUUGAGAUCUUUGAGUUCAACAGCUUCGAGCAGCUGUGCAUCAACUUCACCAACGAGAAGCUGCAGCAGUUCUUCAACCAGCACAUGUUCGUGCUGGAGCAGGAGGAGUACAAGCGGGAGGGCAUCGACUGGGUCUUCAUCGACUUUGGCCUCGACCUGCAGCCCUGCAUUGACCUCAUCGAGAAGCCGCUGGGCAUCCUGUCCAUCCUGGAGGAGGAGUGCAUGUUCCCCAAGGCCUCAGAUGCCAGCUUCCGGGCCAAACUUUACGACAACCACGCGGGGAAGUCGCCCAAUUUCCAGCAGCCUCGGCCUGACAAGAAGCGCAAGUACCAGGCCCACUUCGAGGUGGUCCACUACGCAGGCGUGGUACCUUACAGCAUUGUGGGCUGGCUGGAGAAAAACAAGGACCCCCUGAAUGAGACAGUGGUCCCCAUCUUCCAGAAGUCCCAGAACAAGCUCCUGGCUGCUCUCUAUGAGAACUACACAGGCUCCUGCUCCACUGAGCCCCCCAAGUCUGGGGUGAAAGAGAAGCGCAAGAAGGCAGCGUCAUUCCAGACGGUGUCCCAGCUGCACAAGGAGAACCUCAACAAGCUGAUGACCAACUUGCGGGCCACACAGCCCCACUUUGUUCGUUGCAUUGUCCCCAAUGAGAACAAGACCCCAGGGGUCAUGGAUGCCUUCCUGGUGCUGCACCAGCUGCGCUGUAAUGGGGUCCUGGAGGGGAUCCGGAUCUGCCGCCAAGGAUUCCCCAACAGGCUACUCUACGCCGACUUCCGACAGCGGUACCGCAUCCUGAACCCCAGCGCCAUCCCAGAUGACACCUUCGUGGACAGCAGGAAGGCCACUGAGAAACUGCUGGGCUCUCUGGACAUUGACCACACGCAGUACCAGUUUGGCCACACCAAGGUGUUCUUCAAGGCAGGGCUUCUGGGCGUCCUGGAGGAGCUCCGUGACCAGCGUCUGGCCAAGGUGUUGACGCUGCUGCAAGCACGCAGCCGGGGCCGCCUCAUGCGCCUGGAGUACCAGCGCCUGCUGGGUGGCAGGGAUGCCCUGUUCACCAUCCAGUGGAACAUCCGAGCUUUCAAUGCUGUCAAGAACUGGUCAUGGAUGAAGCUCUUUUUCAAGAUGAAGCCGUUGCUGCGCUCGGCACAGGCCGAGGAGGAGCUGGCGGCCCUGCGGGCGGAGCUGCGGGGGCUGCGCGGGGCACUGGCCGCUGCUGAGGCCAAGCGGCAGGAGCUGGAGGAGACGCACGUCAGUGUCAUGCAGGAGAAGAACGACCUGGCCCUGCAGCUGCAGGCGGAGCAGGACAACCUGGCGGAUGCGGAGGAGCGCUGCCACCUGCUGAUCAAGUCCAAGGUGCAGCUCGAGGCGAAGGUGAAGGAGCUGAGCGAGCGGCUGGAGGACGAGGAGGAGGUGAACGCUGAGCUGGCUGCCCGCCGGCGCAAGCUGGAGGACGAGUGCACGGAGCUCAAGAAGGACAUCGACGACCUGGAGCUGACGCUGGCCAAGGCCGAGAAGGAGAAGCAAGCCACGGAGAACAAGGUGAAGAACCUGACGGAGGAGAUGGCCACGCUGGACGAGUCGGUGGCCCGGCUGACCAAGGAGAAGAAGGCGCUGCAGGAGGCGCACCAGCAGGCCCUGGGGGACCUGCAGGCCGAGGAGGACCGCGUGAGCGCGCUGGCCAAGGCCAAGCUGCGGCUGGAGCAGCAGGUGGAGGAUCUGGAGUGCUCCCUGGAGCAGGAAAAGAAGUUGCGUUUAGACACGGAGCGGGCCAAGCGCAAGCUAGAGGGCGACCUGAAGCUCACACAGGAGUCCGCGGCGGACGCCGCCCAGGACAAGCAGCAGCUGGAAGAGAAGCUGAAGAAGAAGGACUCGGAGCUGAGUCAGCUGACCUUGCGGGUGGAAGAUGAGCAGCUCCUGGGCGCCCAGCUGCAGAAGAGGAUCAAGGAGCUGCAGGCACGUGCCGAGGAGCUGGAGGAGGAGCUGGAGGCCGAGCGGGCGGCCCGGGCCCGCGUGGAGAAGCAGCGGGCCGAGGCGGCCCGGGAGCUGGAGGAGCUGAGCGAGCGGCUGGAGGAGGCGGGAGGUGCGUCGGCCGGACAGCGCGAGGGCUGCCGCAGGCGCGAGGCUGAGCUGGGGCGGCUGCGGCGGGAGCUGGAGGAGGCGGCGCUGCGGCACGAGGCCACGGUGGCUGCCCUGCGCCGCAAGCAGGCCGACAGCGCGGCCGAGCUGGGGGAGCAGGUGGACAGUUUGCAGCGGGUGCGGCAGAAGCUGGAGAAGGAGAAGAGCGAGCUGCGCAUGGAGGUGGACGAUCUGGGGGCCAGUGUGGAGACGCUGGCCCGAGGCAAGGCCAGUGCAGAGAAGCUGUGCCGGACCUAUGAGGAUCAGCUGAGCGAGGCCAAGAUCAAGGUGGAGGAGCUGCAGCGGCAGCUGGCAGAUGCCAGCACCCAGCGCGGGCGGCUGCAGACCGAGAGCGGGGAGCUGAGCCGCCUCCUGGAGGAGAAGGAGGCCCUGGUCAGCCAGCUGAGCCGUGGGAAGGCCUCUGCUGCCCAGAGCCUGGAGGAGCUGCGGCGGCAGCUGGAGGAGGAGAGCAAGGCCAAGAGUGCGCUGGCUCAUGCCGUGCAGGCUUUGCGGCACGACUGUGACCUCCUGCGGGAGCAGCAUGAGGAGGAGGCCGAGGCCCAGGCCGAGCUGCAGCGGCUGCUGUCCAAGGCCAAUGCCGAGGUGGCCCAGUGGAGGAGCAAGUACGAAGCAGAUGCCAUCCAGAGGACCGAGGAGCUGGAAGAGGCCAAGAAGAAGCUGGCCCUGCGGCUGCAGGAGGCAGAGGAGGGUGUGGAGGCUGCGAAUGCCAAGUGCUCAUCCCUGGAGAAGGCCAAGCUGCGGCUGCAGACCGAGUCGGAGGACGUGACCCUGGAGCUGGAGCGGGCCACCUCGGCCGCCGCCGCCUUGGACAAGAAGCAGCGGCAUCUGGAGCGGGCACUGGAGGAGAGGCGGCGGCAGGAGGAGGAGACACAGCGGGAGCUGGAGGCGGCGCAGAGGGAGGCCCGCGGCCUGGGCACGGAGCUCUUCCGGUUGCGGCACAGCCACGAGGAGGCGCUCGAGGCCCUGGAGACGCUCAAGCGGGAGAACAAGAACCUGCAGGAGGAGAUCAGCGACCUCACAGACCAGGUCAGCCUCAGUGGGAAGAGCAUCCAGGAACUGGAGAAAGCCAAGAAGGCGCUAGAAGGGGAGAAGAGCGAGCUGCAGGCCGCCCUGGAGGAGGCAGAGGGGGCUCUGGAGCUGGAGGAGACCAAGACUCUGCGGAUCCAACUGGAGCUGUCCCAGGUCAAGGCGGAAGUGGACCGGAAGCUGGCGGAGAAAGAUGAGGAGUGCACUAACCUGAGGCGCAACCACCAGCGGGCAGUGGAGUCCCUGCAGGCCUCCUUGGACGCAGAGACCCGGGCCCGCAAUGAGGCGCUGCGCCUCAAGAAGAAGAUGGAGGGUGACCUCAAUGACCUGGAGCUGCAGCUGGGCCACGCCAACCGCCAGGCCACGGAGGCGCAAGCAGCCACGCGGCUGCUGCAGGCGCAGCUCAAGGAGGAGCAGGCGGGGCGUGACGAGGAGCAGCGGCUGGCAGCCGAGCUGCGGGAGCAGUCGCAGGCUCUGGAGCGCAGGGCGGCGCUGGUGGCUGCUGAGCUGGAAGAGCUGCGGGCCGUCCUGGAACAGGGUGAGCGCAGCCGGCGGCUGGCAGAGCAGGAGCUGCUGGAGGCCACGGAGCGCCUCAACCUGCUGCACUCACAGAACACCGGCCUCCUGGGCCAGAAGAAGAAGCUUGAGGCAGAUCUGGCGCAGCUGAGCGGGGAGGUGGAAGAAGCUGCCCAGGAGCGGCGGGAGGCAGAGGAGAAGGCCAAAAAGGCCAUCACUGACGCAGCCAUGAUGGCCGAAGAGCUGAAGAAGGAGCAGGACACGAGUGCCCACCUGGAACGCAUGAAGAAGACGCUGGAGCAGACGGUGCGGGAGCUGCAGGCUCGGCUGGAGGAGGCGGAGCAGGCCGCUCUCCGGGGCGGGAAGAAGCAGGUGCAGAAGCUGGAGGCCAAGGUACGGGAACUGGAGGCAGAGCUUGAUGCAGAACAGAAGAAGCAUGCUGAGGCCCUCAAGGGUGUGCGCAAACACGAGCGCCGGGUCAAGGAACUUGCGUACCAGGCCGAGGAGGACAGGAAGAACCUGGCUCGCAUGCAGGACCUGGUAGACAAGCUGCAGAGCAAGGUCAAGAGCUACAAGCGCCAGUUUGAGGAGGCGGAGCAGCAGGCCAGCACCAACCUGGCUAAGUAUCGCAAGGCCCAGCACGAGCUGGAUGACGCAGAGGAACGGGCAGACAUGGCAGAGACCCAGGCCAACAAGCUGCGGGCACGGACCCGGGACGCGCUGGGGCCCAAGGUGAGUUGGGGGCCCCGGCAUGGAGGUGGCAGGGGUGGAGGUACAGCUCCCUGAGCCCGCCCUCUCCCCUAGCACAAGGAGUGACGGCUGCUGCGAUCCUGCCUUGCCUGCCCCGGCUCUGAGUAAACACCUGCAGGUGCCCUUCUUGUUCCGGGGGUGGGCUGGGGGAACACACCACCCAACGGACAAAAGUCAGUCCACAUCAGUCAUUUAAAAUAAAGUUCUUUAAUAGUC